UCCUACUUCCCAGCAGCGGGAGGAGCGCAGCCACCAGUCCGAGCUGGAUCCUCCGAGGCGAGCACGCACACGCACCGACUGAGCCCGGGACCCGCACCGGAGAGGAGAGGACAGCUGUGCCCGCCCGUGCGCCUCCGCCACGCUGCCCCCCGCGCACCACACCAUGAACGCGCCCCGGACGUUUGGACACGUUGGACCGCAGCGCGCGCAGGGAACCGGGAUUUAGUGCCGAACUUGGCUUUUUCCCCAGCGGCGGUGCCCGAGCGCAGGACCCGAGCUGUCAGGUCGUGACGGGGAUUCCGGACUUGUUUCUGCUCCUCGAACGCACGAGCAGCUGCGGAUUAAAGAGAAGUUUAUUUGGGGGGCGGGGGGGGUGGGGGGGGGUUGAAAGAAGUUUACCGGAGAAUUAAAGCUGAGUUUCUUCUUCUGGAUGCUCGGUGGCACCUGGACGACUCAGGUUUACUGUCCAAACGGAAUAAUUCGGGUCAGUGGCGGGGGAACCUUGGAUCGUUUCUUGCGGCGUCCGAGGCCGCCGUUCUGCUGGACAGCAUGCGAACGGAGGAUGUUGUCUGAGUCGGGCCUCGCUGCUCCGCGUCUCACCUCGUCGUCCAGAGGAAUGACGGCUCUGUGGUGCUCACUCUGGAUUUCCUUCCUCCUGCCUCUCUGCGUCGCUCCGGCCCGGCUGCCCACGGCUCAGCCCACAGACUCCGUGUCCAGCGAGACAGCCUUCCUGGAGGACUUUGUCCUGGGCGUGGGGGAACCGCUGGAGAUGUCGUGCGAGCUGGACGACCCCUCGCAGCCCGUCGUCUGGUUCAAAGACGGCGCGGGACUGGUGCCCGGCAACCGGACGCGGCUCGGCCAGAGGAUGUUGCGCAUCAUCAACGUGUCGUACGAGGACUCGGGCGUCUACUCGUGCCGGCUCGCCCACGGCAACACGCUGCUCAGCAACUACACCAUCAGGGUGACAGAUUCUCUGUCGUCUGGUGAUGAUGAAGACUACGAUGAAGAUCCAGAAGAUGCAGGUAAUGGAAAUGAAGCUCCUUAUUGGACCCGUCCCGACCGGAUGGACAAGAAGCUUCUGGCCGUUCCUGCCGCCAACACGGUCAAGUUCCGCUGUGCUGCGGCCGGAAACCCGACGCCGACCAUCCACUGGCUGAAGAACGGCAAAGAGUUCAAGGGGGAGCAGAGGAUGGGCGGCAUCAAGCUGAGACACCAGCAGUGGAGUCUGGUGAUGGAGAGCGCGGUGCCAUCAGACCGGGGGAACUACACCUGCGUAGUUCAGAACAAGUACGGCACCAUCACCCACACCUACCAGCUGGAUGUUCUAGAGCGCUCCCCUCACAGGCCCAUACUCCAGGCGGGCCUCCCAGCCAAUCAGACGGUGGUGUUGGGCAGCGACGUGGAGUUCCACUGCAAAGUUUACAGCGACGCCCAGCCGCACAUCCAGUGGCUGAAACACAUUGAGGUCAACGGGAGUCGCUACGGCCAUGACGGCGUCCCCUACGUCAACAUCUUGAAGACGGCCGGUAUUAACACCACAGAUAAGGAGCUCGAGGUUCUCUUCUUGACCAAUGUGUCUUUUGAGGAUGCGGGCGAGUACACUUGUCUGGCAGGGAACUCUAUCGGCUAUGCUUACCACUCUGCUUGGCUGACGGUGCUUCCAGCAGUGAGCCCAGAGAAGGAAGACUACUACGUCGACAUCCUCAUCUACGUGACGGGCUGCGUGCUCUUCAUCCUCGCCGUGGUCAUCGUCGUCCUCUGCCGCAUGAGGAUGACCACGCAGAAGACGCUGCCCACGCCGCCGGUGCAAAAGCUGUCAAAGUUCCCCCUCAAGAGACAGCAGGUGUCCUUGGAUUCUAACUCCUCCAUGAACUCCAACACGCCACUGGUGCGGAUCGCCCGCCUGUCGUCCAGCGAUGGGCCGAUGCUCGCCAACGUGUCGGAGCUGGAGCUGCCAUCCGACCCCAAGUGGGAGUUUCCCCGAACACGACUCACUUUGGGUAAACCUCUGGGCGAGGGCUGCUUCGGUCAGGUGGUGAUGGCCGAGGCCAUCGGCAUCGACAAGGAGAAACCCAACAAGCCGCUCACUGUCGCUGCGAAGAUGCUAAAAGAUGACGCCACGGAUAAAGAUUUGUCGGACCUGGUGUCGGAGAUGGAGAUGAUGAAGAUGAUUGGGAAACACAAAAACAUAAUCAACCUGCUGGGAGCUUGCACGCAGGACGGUCCCCUGUACGUCCUGGUGGAGUACGCUUCCAAAUGCAACCUGAGGGAGUACCUGCGGGCGCGGCGCCCCCCGGGCAUGGACUACUCCUUCGACACCUGCAAGAUCCCAGACGAGCAGCUCACAUUCAAAGACCUGGUGUCCUGCGCCUACCAGGUCGCCCGAGGCAUGGAGUACCUGGCCUCGCAGAAGUGCAUCCACAGAGACCUGGCAGCGAGGAACGUCCUCGUGACGGAGGACAACGUGAUGAAGAUCGCAGACUUCGGCCUCGCCAGAGACGUGCACAACAUAGACUACUACAAAAAGACCACCAACGGUCGUCUGCCCGUGAAAUGGAUGGCUCCGGAGGCUCUGUUCGACCGGGUCUACACGCACCAGAGCGACGUGUGGUCCUAUGGUGUGUUGUUGUGGGAGAUCUUCACGCUGGGAGGUUCUCCGUACCCAGGAAUCCCAGUAGAGGAACUCUUCAAGCUGCUGAAGGAGGGACAUCGGAUGGACAAACCUGCAAACUGCACACAUGAGCUGUACAUGAUCAUGAGGGAGUGCUGGCAUGCGGUGCCAUCGCAGAGACCGACCUUCAGACAGCUGGUAGAAGAUCACGACCGGGUUUUAUCAAUGACCUCCACCGAUGAGUACCUGGACCUGUCGGUGCCCUUCGAGCAGUACUCGCCCACCUGUCAGGACUCCAACAGCACCUGCUCCUCAGGGGACGACUCGGUGUUCGCCCACGACCCGCUGCCUGACGAGCCCUGUCUCCCCAAACAGCUUCCCAGUAACGGCGUGAUCAGGACAUAAGAGCCGAGCUGGGAGCGGAGGGUGGACGUUGACCUCCGCUCGCAGUUUGUGACUAAUAAUCACCUCCCACUGACUCCAGCUCCUCAAGAUAUGGAAAUGAAAAACUCGGCAUGCAAUACUUCCACAGUGCUUCAGCUUUUCGAAUCCUCCUGCUCUUCCUCCUCCUCCUCCUCCUCCUCCUCCCCGAGUGACUCUUUAAACAUUGAAGGAUUAUGUUUUGCCGUUGAACCUUGUUUGUGUUCUUCUUUUCACAAAUGAAAUUAUAUUUUUGUACUCAGGCCAGUCUUUUGUUACGGACAAUCUGUGGGGUGAAACCAUUCCGUGCCUACUCGGACAAAACACGAAAAAAAGGAUGUAAGAGGAAGGAAUGAAGGGAAGUCGGCGAUCCGGUGGGCGAGGACCUCAAGAUUUUGUUUUUCCACUCGUCUGCGCGGAGCUCGCGAUGAAAUUUAGCGAUCUGCAAGAAAAUCUGAAACCAGCAAAAGAUGGAACUCGUUCUUCCCGGAGAUCCUCAACAAGUUGCGUGAGCGUUCCCACGAGGUGAUCGGCAGCAGAAGGGAUCAGCUGAGCGGAAACAGGCGUCUUCUCAUGUCACAUUUUAGCAUUCGGAGAAAAACAACCACACAGUUUUGUGAUAAUCAUGGAACAAAUCCCUCAUCGAAUGUGAGGCGAACUUUCAGGGCCAUUCAGUAAUAAGUUCAGAGUUUUUUUUUUAAUGUAUCUAGAAAAUGAUUUAUUGUAAAUAUAUAAAUGCAAAUAUGUAUCAUAUUGCUGUUCACAGCCGUGUACUUAAAAGACAAAAAAAUAACAUUUUUUUUAAGAUAUUGUUUUAGGAUGGAAGCAUUGCAAUCUAGAAGACACUGUCAUGACCGUGUAAAACAUUUAAUCAUUUAAAGUGAUACAGAAAAGGUUUAUUUGAAUAAUUAACGUGUAUAUUUGUAAAGAUAUUUAUAGACUUAACAUGUGGUUCUUAAGUACGAAAGGUCUAGCUUAGGGAUUUUAGUACUGUACGCAAAAGAUUUUUAUUUCUUUUUCUUUUUUGUAACUUAUUUUACAACAAAACUGCGACGUUAUUUUCACAACUGGCAGACUCCUCUAGUUUUUGAUCCAUCUUUUAUUUGGUUGUUUUCUUUUUUGGUUUGUUUACAGUUUUUAAAGAUAAGAAUGUAUGACAGACGAUGAUUUUUGAGGGCGGGUGGGAUUCGGUCGUCAGGAGGACGGUGAACUCGAGGCUCCUGCUGAAAAGAGCUGGAUGUUUCCACCGAGCUCCAACUCUGUUUUAAUUUUUUUAAAGUUGACCUUUGCGAUAUCAAAGCAGCGAUUGACUCUUGCUGAGCAAGAAACAGCAGCGCUUCGUGUUUUCUACCACAGACGCCUUUAGUACAACUGAAGUACUUAAAGACAUAUUGAGCAACGACCAAGAACAACUGUGAACCAGAAGAAGCCUUCAGAGAAACUGAGUUUUCAAGGAACAAUAGAAGCUUUUCAGAAUUGAUUAUUAGAUGGACUUGAUGUCUAAUCACUACUUAGUGCGAAACAUGGACAGAUUCCAAACAUUUUAUUUGUGUAAAAUGUUAAUAGCAUGUUUGCUAGUGUACCUUUUGAUAAAACACCAAAUCCCACAAUGCAACACUUCCCAUCCUGGAAAUUAAAACAAAGAGUUGCUGCAACACUUCAUGACACAUUAAAUAAUAUGCUAAAUGAUGAACUACUUUUCCCAGAAUGCUUUUCGGCAGCUACCAGGGAACGUUCUUGGAUCCAGAAAACUGUGACGAAAACUUUUACAAAGGCUUUUGCAACGGUAGAUUUUUAGAGGAAAUACAUUUUUAAAAAAUAACAGCGAAAAUAGCAUUUGUGUACUGUUUUUAGCAGCAAUGCAUUCUGGGGUUUUUUAUUCCAUUUAGAAUACGGCAAAAAAAGAGGAUUCACAUGAAAAUCUGACAUUUUUAGACUUAGAAACAAGAAUAAAUCAAAUUCGCCAAAUGACAAACAGGAUAAAUUCUGUAUUUUUUACUGUCUGGUCGAUAUUUUUUCCUCUCGAGGUUUUUCUGGAGGCUUCACGCUCGUUUGUAGUCGCAGUAAAGUUCACACGGUCGGUUCUCGUGCACACUCACGGUUAAAAGCAUCAGCUUGACGGCAGAAGCUGUUAUGUCCUUAUGUGCUUGAGUGUUACUAAAAACAAAAAACCUGCCCAGACGCUUGAGAUGUUAUCGCUGCUCUUUAGUAUUAAUACUGAAAUGAAGGCACGCUGUGUGACCCGUCAGCUGCACAGCAAAAAGAAAAUAUAUAGACAUAUAUAUAUAUAGAUAUAUAUAUAUCAGCUUGUUUAAGGAGAAAAGUGCCAAAUUAGUCUUAAAAGUCUGUUUAAUCGUUUAUUCUCCGGAUCCCUGAACCAAAUUACUGCACCGUCGAAUGUAGGCGGGCGGAGGUCACAUGGUGCAGGGAAGGAUCAUGGGAUGGCCAAAUGGAUAUCUACCCCCCUUUUGUUUCUAUAUGCAGUCGUCUCUCCAGCUGACCCCCAAAAAAAGCACGAGGGUUGAAAUGUUUACAGAGUCUGUGUUUAGCAAAGUCUGGAACGGGAAAGCGACGUAUCGAAGGGUUCACACACGAUUCACUCGCUGCUAAAUGGAAACGGUGCAAACGCUUCACUGUGCAACGGCCUUUUUCCAGUGUAAAUACAAUACUUAAUGCCCCCCCUCAGUAUUUGAAGUACUUAUAUGAAUUCUAUGUAUCUAUUACUGUUAACACAAUGGGAUUUUUUUGUUUUUCAGCACCAGAUUGUGUACUUGUCAUGUAUUUACACUCUAAACAAGGCCCCUGUAAAGUGAACGGUUGCACAAACUUCAUGUUUUUUUCUGUUUUCAGUAGUUUUGGCCCCGAAUCUAUGAAGUGCCUGGAAUAAUUGAGCAAACAAAAAGGAGAUUGAUUGAUUCACUUUCAUCAUGUUUUGAAUGUAUAAUUAAAAAAAAAAAAAAGAACCCAUAUUUUUUUUUUAAGUAGUUCUCACUAAAAGCAGGUUGUGUUAAUUAUGUCCCUGGUUUUUGUUUCAUUCUUUGUUUUGUUUUUUGUCGAGUGAACAACGGCACUUGUGUAAAGGUUGGAUGGAUCUAAUGAAACGUGUUCUGUUUUAUUUAUUCGUCCAUGCUGGGUAAAAGCUUUCCCUAUGGUGAGAGUAUUUUUAUUCAUAGCUAUCUGCUUUUCAGUGUUGUUUUUCAUUAAAGAGCCAGAAGAUGA